CAGGUGAGGAGCAGUCUGCAGUGUCAGUGUUAUCCAGUGGGCCAUCAGCCACUGCCGAGCCACCCAGAGCCACUUUAGAUGCCACACAGCAGUCCACUCCAGACACACAACAGUCGACAGAGUCCCAGUCACUGCCUCAGCCCAGCUACCACUCCACUCCAUUUCGGGCAUGCACAUUAUGUGUGCUCACUGCAUGUAUGUGCUGCAUCCUCUGCAGUGGGACCAGAUACCAGUUAUGAGUCCAGUGGCCACAUUGAAACAGUAUCCAGUACUUUUGGUGAUUCGAAAAAAGUGGAUACUUGUGUCUUAGAAAUUGGUGAAAUGCCAGUACUCGGGACGACAAACAGCAACACUCUCUGAAGACCUCUGUUUUCCUAGUAUCUCAGCUAUUUCCUUCCUCAGGGAACUCUGGCCACCUGCAGAAAAUUCAUGGUGUUUCACUCCCUCAGUGAGAGAGAAGAAUCAGAGAAAACGGUUCAAUCUACUGUGGAGAGUGUCCUAUACCAGAAUGUAUGACUCAAACCUCCACCCUGUAUGACUGCACUAAUAAAGGAAUGACGUAUGUUGAUGAAACCAAUGACGUCAUUUUGGAAAUCCAGAGGAGCCAUUCCUGAGGAAGAGAGACUCAACGGUUGAUGUUGGAGUGGCUCUCUUUGGCCCAUUCAGUUCCCAGAAGGUCUUAGACCUGUGUCUCCUGUGUUCUGGGCCUGUGUUCGUGACAUAGCAAAUUCCAGUGCUGAAACAGUCACAGUCACUAUCCCUCACUUCCUUGAUCUUGACAAUGAGGACAAAAUGGAAUUUCUGGGCCUCACUUUCCUGAAAGCACACCACAAGAAAAAACUCCUGCGGGACUGUAUGAUUCCAGCCAUUAACAGAGGUGCGAAAUGGACUUUAACACUCUCAGAACACAUGGCAUUCUUGAACCUUGCAUUUUGCAGUCUCGUGUCUGCUGCAAACUUCAUACCAAGGAGUACAGAGUUUUGCAUCACAUCUGUUGUUCCACAUUGUCCAGGUCCAGUUGGUAAGUAUGUCGGGGGUUGUUUCUUUGUCACCUUUCUCAAUCUGAAGACUUGUCUCGAAAAAGUUGAAACUCUGAUUAAUAAAAUGUACAGAGAGGGAUACAAGACGCGGAGGGUGCCCUUUAGGUUCAAAAGUGACACAGAAGAUCCUGCACUUGAGAUGACCUUCUCUCAACCAAAACAUGGUCAAAUUGGAUGGAAAGGAAAGGACAAGGUUUUUCGUAGCGAAGUGGAUUUCUUUGUGAAGGACAAUAUUUCUGAGGGGGAACUACUGUGUCUACAGAGUGAUGAGUUUUAUCCUCCGCGAUUUGAAGUGUUCUUUGCCUCUUUCAAGGAGAAUGCAACACUCAGUGAUGGCCAGAUUACCUUCAGUGGAGCCACUAGUGGCAUCAAGUUCAACUUAGACUUGGACCUACCUGACUUUACAAGUCCUCCUGUUACCUCUCCUGCAGGCAACCGGCAGCAGUCCACAGUGUCAGGAGCAGUACCAGUCACCACUACACACUCCCAGCCACCUCCUACCACUUCCCAACAGUCCACACUAGAUAUUGAUGACUAUUUUGAUGUGGUAUCUGAACUGGAUGACGUGGCUCACGUGUGGAAGUCACUGGGAGGAGCUCUCAGACUACGACCUUCAACUCUCGCCAGAAUCAAAGCUGAUCACCAACAAGACUCUAGCAGCUGUCUGGAAAAGAUGGUGACCAUGUGGCUGAACCAGUCUUACAACACGGAGCGUUUCGGACUGCCUUCAUGGAAGAUGUUGGUGGAGGCAGUGGCCCAUCGCAAUGGGGGGAACAACAACGCCCUUGCCAUACGCAUUGCCACCAAGUACAAAGUGCCAGCUCCAGCCCAGAACUGAGUCUCAGGAAAUCCCAACAUUCUCCCCAGAACCCCUCCUCCAGUCUGCUAGGACUCUCUCUUUGGACACCCCUCGGAUUUUGAUUGCCUCGGAUUACAUAAUAACAUUGACGUAUGGACUCUGUAGCUAGUUAGAAUGCUGUUUCUUAGUUGUGAGGUUAAAUUUUCAACAUAACACAGCAAGCAUAAUUGGCAAGUGGAGC